CAACCCUAAGCUUUGCCUCCACUGUGUCUGGUGUACAGAAGUGGAGUGUUUUACUGCUGAAGCAAAAAUGGGAGUGGCCUAAUGCUGUUGGAAAAGCUGUGGGAGGAAGAUGAGGCUGAGCGGAGACUAUAAAAAGAGUGAGCAUGAUGUGCAGUCUUCAUGCCUGUCAGAUUCCCUGACUGAGAGUAGAGAUGGUUCCCUUCAUAGCUUUCCUCAUGUACACCUGGGCUCUUCUACCAAUACUUGUAGCAUGUAAAGAGCCUCCACCCUGUGUCUUUCCCUUCCUUUUCAAUGGGAGAUACUACUCUUCAUGCACCCAGGACGGCACUCCUGACCAGCAACUGUGGUGUGCCACUUCUGAGAACUACGACAAGGACCACAAAUGGAAGCCAUGUGCCAUUAGUGAGUACGGAGGUAAUGCGGAUGCAAAACCCUGUGUCUUUCCCUUCAUCUACAUGGGCCAUACUUAUUACACCUGCACCAACAAAUUUGCACAUAAAGGGAGGUAUUGGUGUGCUACAACGGGGAGCUACGAUAAGGACAAGAAGUGGAGCUACUGUGCUGACACCAGACUAGAUGCAAGUUACCCUACAGGGGCCUGCUCCUUUCCUUUCAUCUUUGAAGGCAAGGCAUACUCUGCUUGCACAACAGAUGGGAGACCUGAUGGGAAGCUCUGGUGCUCUCUUUCCAGCAACUACGAUGCGAAUCCAAUGUGGACAUACUGUGAGCCCUCAGAUCCUGCCCCCUGCAUCUUUCCCUUUAUCUUUAGGAACAAGUCCUACUCUUCCUGCAUAAAGGAAGGGAGUUCUGAUGGGCAACUGUGGUGUGCCACAUCGCCAAACUAUGACAGGGACAGCAGAUGGAAAGCAUGCUCCCUUCAAGAGCAUGGAGGAAACUCCAAUGGCCAGCCUUGUUUCUUCCCUUUCACCUACAAGAACCAGACAUUUAAUGACUGCACCAAUGAGGAUGAGGAGAACGUCAGGAAUGGGAGAUUCUGGUGUUCCACUACAGAGAACUAUGAUGUAGACCACAAAUGGAGCUUCUGUGCUGACACAAAUUUGAGAAGUGGAGAGGUGAUAUUAGCAGGACAAGAUGGAGAUCAGUGUGUCUUUCCUUUCACCUACAAGGGCAAGACUUACACAGGUUGUACAUCAGCUGGGACGAUCAACUGGAAGUACUGGUGCUCUCUCACCAAAAACUAUGAUGCGGAUCGCAAGUGGAAAAACUGUGAGCCUUCAGAUUUAAAAAAGCAAGAUGAGCCUCAGCCUUAAAGAUAAGAGACACCAACAACUAUUACCAAAACCAGUCGACCAAUAUCCUGGACAUCUGUGAUUCCCACCAUGUUAUUUCACUAGUGGGACAUGGCUAUCAUUCAUCUAGGUCUAUCCUGUUUCUAUCUAUGCCACAACUAGGAGUAAAGUCUUUUACACGGAUGUCAGCUGCUGUUCAUCCCUGGCCUGGGAUUCUGAUUGGGACCUGCUCUCCAAAGAUGCUUCACCCUCAUCAGAGCUUGCAAAAGUUACUUUUUUGAACUACAACUCUCAUCAGCCCAAUCCAGUGGCCAUGCUGGCUGGGGUUGAUGGGAGUUGUAGUUCAAAAAAGUAAUUUUUCCAAGCUCUGACCCUCAUCACAGAUGACAGUUCAGAAACACCAUCAGUGUAUCUAACAGUGUCCCCAUUCCAUCCCAGAUCCCCUAACUGAUAUUCAACCCCCUCCUCUCCUUUUCUCACAUGAAAAGCAGCUCUGUGCUCAAAUUCUGAUAAAGAUCUAAUGUUGCUUUACCUGACCAGCUACAGGUCUUUGGAUUAUACACAUGCUAGCACCAGGUCAAAUAUAGAUAUAUCAAUUAAAAUUAAACACUAUUCCUCAUACUUUGGAUGCUUACAAUUGUAUAAUUGUGUGUCUCCUGUGUAGCCAUGAUUUCACCUUUUCAGCAAUUAACAUAUGGGUUUUUAUCUGGUUUAUCAUUAAUCAUCCACAGAUUUUAAAGUUUCUGGUCCUUAUGGUUGUACAGAAGUGCUUAAACAGGGUGGGCGGUGGUGCCUGGUGAAAUGUUAGGAGCUCGAGUGGUAUGAAUAGACAGUUCAGUGAGUGGUAAAGAGAAAAGAGUACCACCUACAGCAUCUCCUCAUCCAUAGCUGCUAUUCUCUGUCCUCUGCUUAUUGGAAUAAACUGUUUGAAGAAAAAGAGCUCACUUGGGAUAAAAUCUGAAAUAUUUCACAGUUGCUAAUAAAAAGAGGCACUGCAUAAUCCAUCCAUCCUGAGCUUUCAAGAACUGAUGAGGCCAUUCUGUUCUGGGCACCUAUGUAAUUGACUUCUAUGUACCACUGUGUACCUUACAUUCUGAUGACAUGUGAUGAAGUGUAAGUGAUGUUAAUACUGAUAGAUGUACACAAAACUUUUCAACUGGAAAAUGAUUGUGGGUCAAUGAUUGACCAAGGUAGGUGUAACUGCAUCCUCAUGUAAUGGCUUGGUGGCUGUAAUAAUUCGAUGAGCUUUUCAAACUGUCUUAGAAGGGUUGAUUGCUAAUGAUUUCAAACUUGGGGGAGUAUUUUUUCUCACUUCUCCACUGCAGAGAUGAAAAAAAUAGAUUGUUUAUUUUACCA